AUGAUGAAUCCCAGUGUGGCACCAUUUCUAUGCGACGUGAUGGACAAGUCGAUAAUCCGAACAGAGUGGGAAAAAUGGCUUCGAUCGUUUACGCUGUACUUAGAAGCAGAAGACAUUACCACUGCGUCUAAGAAAAGAAGUAAACUGCUACACCUUGGCGGCGCUCAAUUACAAGAAGUCGCGUAUAAUAUCCCAGACGCGCUGGUAGAAGGAAAAGAAGGUGUAGAUCCAUAUGAGGUGCUCGUGGGUAAAUUGACACAACAUUUCUCUCCAAAGAGGAACUCGACGUUCGAACGACAUCUAUUUAGGUCCCUGAAACCAAUGGAAGGGGAAACCCUAAAUAAAUUCAUUUUAAAACUAAGAGGUCAAGCUGCUAAAUAUCAAUUCGGUAAGACCGAGAAAGAAGUUAUAGAAACGAAUAUAAAAGAUAAACACAUCGAUGUGUGGGCACCAAUAGAUUUGAAAAAACGACUCCUGGAAAAAGAACAUGAUUUAACGCAGGUGGUUGAAAUGUGUCAGAUACACGAAUCAAUAAAAAGCCAAACGACAACAAUAGUUUCUGACGUAGUGCCACUAAACGUAAACAAAAUCGCUAACAAAACUAAGUUUGAUACUGCUGAAUGCGAAAGAUGCGGGCGUAAAGGGCAUACGAGUAAUGACUUUAACUGCCCGGCUAAGAAUGCUAAAUGCAAUAAAUGUAUGCUACAGGGUCAUUUUGCAGUGAGGUGUAAAACAAAAAGGGUCAAACGUGAGCACGGAAGUGGUAGUUAUGAUAACCUGAAACGGCGGCGCAUGGCAGCAUCUAGAGUGCGCUGCAUAAAUGAUGAGGGUGAGAUGAGAUCUGAAGAAAUGCGGGAGUUCGACUGA